AUGGAGACAAUUCGCACUUUAUGUGCUCAGUACUUCCAGCUGGUCGAAGUGCCAGCUCUGUUUAUACCUCCAGGAGAAGUUCUCAUCCAGCAAAAUGUUCAAACCGCAUUAUAUGAGCGCAUGUUUGACGAGUCCCUCAAUCUACCACCGGCUACAUACCGAACGCGAGUAUUGAAAGAGAUUAUCGCGCGAAUUGAAAGCUCUGUCAAGGAUCCUGAGGAAGAUGAAAUCCUAGACGAUCUCAUGACAUCCUUGGGUAGCCUACUCGCCCAGCCAAAACCCAGCGCCCUCCAACAAGCUCAGCAACUCUCCCACGUCAAAUACACUGCUCCGCUCACCUCCUCUACCACCACUUCAGACCGAACGGUAACCACCAUCGAAUCACGAGGUCUCAUCCUCUCUGGCGGGACAACGGGUAACAGAACAUGGGAAGCAGCUCUUCAUCUCGGCUCAUUUCUCGCCACAGAAGCAGGCGAAGCCCUCGUCCGCAAUAAACGGGUGAUAGAACUUGGCGCAGGAACAGGAUUUCUGUCUCUAUUUUGUGCCCGUCAUCUUGGUGUGCGGACUGUUGUAUCUACGGAUCGAGAGCCGGUGUUGAUUGAUAAUAUUCGUGAAUGUGCGAUUUUGAAUCGGGACUCGAAUGAGGAAAUUCCUAUCUAUCCUGCUGUUUGGAAUUGGGGAACACCUUUGGAAGUCACUGAGGAAAUGGAACAUAUUGUUGAAGGUGAAAGACCGGAGUUUGAAAUUGCACUUGGUGCUGAUUUGAUAUACGAUACCGACCUUGUCCCUCUCCUUUUAUCAACAGUGCGCGACCUCUUCGACAACUACCACGUUGGAGAAUUCAUCAUUUCAGCAACUAUGCGAAAUGAGAAAACAUUCCAAACCUUCCUGACGGGAUGCGAAACGAACUCCUUCAAGGUUGAAUGCAUCCCAUUCCAAUCUACAGCUGCUGAUGAACAAUCUGGAUUCUUCCAUUCGACUAGUAUUCCUAUCAAGACAUAUCGAAUCUCGAGGGCUGAACGAAGAUCCAGCUGCCACGUAAACUGGGCCCUAGAGGCAUUCGAUUGA